CCACCUUUUCUCGCCAUGAAGCUUAACAGCCUCUUGGCCUUCACGGUGCUUCUGGCCCUUGGAAUCCUGGCAUCCAGGCCUGUGGAAGGUGCUAGCAAAGAAAAACCUAAACAUGGAGACUGCCCCUUCGUACGCCCAGCGAUGUGUCUUAGAUAUGAACCUCCUCAAUGCGAGAGUGACUGGCAGUGUCCAAAGAAGCAGAAAUGCUGUCCUGGCAUUUGUGGCAUCAAAUGCAUGGACCCUGUGGACCCAUUAGAGCCAGUUAAGGUCAAUCCUGGAAGGUGCCCAGUGGUCACUGGCCAGUGUAUGAUGCGCAACCCAAGGGACUACUGCCUGAAUGACGGCCACUGCCUGGAAUAUUUCAAGUGCUGCAAGGGGAGGUGUGGGAAUUCCUGUGUCGAGCCGGUGUGAGAUUUAUUCUUGCCAAUUCAAUAAGAUUAGGACUUCCUAGUAUGUCCCAAGCCGUGGGGAAAAACCGGAGCUGAAGAUGUGGCUUUGUGACCAAUACUUCCUUGGGGGCUAAGCCUUGACCUGUUUUAUCUAUGCAUCCUCAGCAUCCAACAGGAGGCUUGGCACAAACAGGA